AUGGACGGAAUGGAUAUGGGUAGCAGCACUAGCUCAAGCUCUCACAGCAUGAGCACCUCAAUGACCAUGACCUUCAAAAACACCCACGACACACCACUCUUCUCCAAUACCUGGACACCAUCUUCUUCCGGUGCAUUUGCAGGAACAUGUAUCUUUCUGAUUGUCCUCGCUAUCAUUGACCGAUGCCUCAUCGCGUUCAAGGCUGUCAUGGAACAACACUGGCUCGCCACUCACCUCAACCGUCGCUAUGUGACUGUGGCUGGCAAAAACACCGAGUCUGGCAACCUCGAUACCGAUCCAGAUGCAAAGCUCGCAUCGCUUAUUACUGCGCAAGGUGUUGAGGAGUCUGUCAAAGUGGUGCAUAACCUUUCUCGUGGUCCCAUUCCUUGGCGCUUCAGUGUUGACUUGCCGCGGGCAUUGCUCUUCUUGUGCAUCGCUGGAGUAUCCUACCUACUCAUGUUGGCUGUCAUGACCAUGAACGUCGGCUAUUUCUGCUCGGUACUCGGAGGUGCUUUCCUCGGAGAAUUGGCGGUCGGACGCUUUAUUCACUGGCCUGAGCACGGGCACUGA